CGCAAUACUAUAUGAUCAGGAGUGGAUAAUAGCAAGAGCGUAUUAAGAAGGAAGCAAGCAAGAAGAAGCAAGGAAAGAAGCAAGCUUCUUAAUACGCUCUUGCUCAUAGAGAUAAUAGAGAUAGAUCUCUAUUAUUCACUCCUGAUAUGAUACUAUCUGAAGUGAAUUUCAUUCGCUCCUGAUGUUCUCAUUAGUGGAUGAUAUCAAGAACUAAUAAUAGCUAAAUAUUAUUAGCUCUCGAUAAUAUUAAUAGCCUUCUUCUGAGGUUAAUAAAUUCUAAAUCAUGAGAAAUUAGGAAUGCGUUCACAACCAUAACAAGAAAAGAAGAAUUGGCUCAUCUGUUUCUAACACUUUUUUUGCGUUUCACUUGCGUGGCAGUGAAACCAACUCCAUAGAAUGGACACCUGCCACAUUUUUUUUGAGGGGGGGGUCCUAUGUGUAAAACACACGCACAGGUUUAGCGUUAUGAACACGGGACAAUAUUAUGCACGGACGCGUGAUUUUACAGCAAUAAUCGCACAACUAUUGAAAUCCACCACUCAAUACAAGCAUAAGAAUUGGGGGGGGGGAUUACUACUUCCCGCGCGUUUACCCCUUUCCUUCCUCUCUAGUCUAUCUCCAUCAAACAAUUAGCUUCCUGAAGCCGGCAGAUUUUGAGGAUUUCAGGUACAUAAUAUGUAAAUUUCCAGAAAUGAAAUGUGAAAUGUGCGAGACUAAUAAAUUUCACCGAAUAAUUUUUUUCGAUGAUGAGCAGAUAUGAACAGACGCUCGCACUAUUUUUUAUAAGCUGUCACGUGUAAGGAAGUUAAUUUUCGCAUCUUCCUUCUUAUGAUGCGAAAUCAAUAUUUCCUAUCGAAGAAAAGACGUGUAAUUAAUCAUUCUCAACUAUGGCGACACGUUAUAAGUUAUAACGUAUAUUUACGUAAGUGUGACGUGUGACCAGUCAUAGUCAGUAUAUGUGAGCGUUGGCUCAGCAACUUCCUGUGAAAGGUGUGGUGCAAUUUUCCCACGCAUAUAUCUGCGCGAAAGACAUAGCAGGACUCAAUGGAACGGAAUAAGUCAUGGAGUCUAUGACCGUGUCAUCGCACUUAGAACAUAGACAACAUAAUCGAGUGAAACAACAUAAAAGGCAGCUGAAGGAGGAGGGGAAGGAAGAUGUACGCCAGGUCGCUAAAAAGAAGCUCGCAGAGCACGAGAAGAAGGAGAAGCGGCACCACGCGGCGGCAGCGAAGGAAGGUGGAGCGACCGCAGCCGAGAUGGAGCCUCUGAGGGGGACGACGAACGAGGAGAAUGCCAACAACAACGCGUCACAACCGGCGUUCCACAUACCGUUUGCAGACGACCCGGACUCUGGGCAUCAGGAGGACUGGAUACGAACGCCGGACAGUGAGGGUCCCCUCACUCCCGCAGAGGACAGACUGGGCAGCGGCAAUUUCUCAAAGUCACAAGGCGCCGGCGAGCCGGCCUUUCCGAAAUUCGUGGCCAAGCUUCAAGCCGCCAAGAAGGGAAAGUUUGACGAACGCAUAAGCAUUAACAUCAGUGGACUCAGGUUCGAGACGUGGCGAUCGACGCUGAACCGCUAUCCGGGCACGCUGCUAGGCGACAAGGACCGGCGGCACAAGUACUAUGACGCCGCGACGAACGAGUACUUCUUCGACCGGCACCGGCCGAGCUUCGACGCCAUCCUCUACUACUACCAGAGCUGGGGCCGGCUCGAGAGAGCCACCAGCGUGCCGCUCGACGUCUUCUCGGAGGAGAUCAAGUUCUUCGACCUCGGCGCCGACGUGUACGCGCGCUUCCGCAAGAUGGAGGGCUUCGUGGCGGCGAAGGAGCCGCCGAUGCCGCGCAACGAGCUCAUGCGCCGCGUCUGGUGCCUGUUCGAGUACCCGGAGACGUCCGUGUGGGCGCGCAUGAUCGCCAUCGUCUCCAUCACCGUCAUCCUGACGUCGAUCGUCAGCUUCUGCGUCGAGACUCUGCCGGUGUACCGUGAGCGCUACGAGAGCGGCGGCGGCGGCGGCGGCAACGCGACCGCGCAGUCCGUCGAGAAGAUGCUCGCGAAUCCGUUCUUCGUCGUCGAGACGCUGUGCAUCGCGUGGUUCACCGUCGAGCUGACGAUGCGCUGGGUGUGCUCGCCGAACAAGCUCGUCUUCUGGAAGUCGGCGCUCAACAUCAUCGACCUCGUCGCCAUCGUGCCUUACUUCAUCACGCUCGCCGUCGACCUCGCGCGCGACACGGGUGACGACGGCGGCGGCGGCGGCGUCUCGCUGUCCGUGCUGCGAGUGCUUCGGCUAAUCCGAGUCUUCCGCAUCUUCAAGCUGUCGCGACACUCGCAGGGCCUGCAGAUCCUCGGCCUCACCUUCAAGGGUUCCAUCAAGGAGCUGGUCAUGCUCGUCUUCUUUCUCGUCAUCGGCGUCAUCCUGUUCGCGAGCGCCGCCUACUUUGCCGAGACGGACGACGCCGUCGCUGGCGACGGAUACGAGAGCAUCCCGGCGUCGUUCUGGUGGGCGAUCAUCACCAUGACGACGGUCGGCUACGGCGACGUCUCACCGCAGACAGGCUGGGGUAAGCUCAUUGGCGCCUUCUGUGGAGUCGCGGGCGUACUAACGAUUGCGCUGCCCGUGCCGGUCAUCGUGUCAAACUUCAACUACUAUUACCACCGCGAGAUGGACAACAGCAACACCGAGGACCAGGUGGAGAGUAAGUACGAGUCAGAGGAAGCAAACAACGAGCCGGGUGCGAUAGAGUUGCAGGUGAUAGAGUCGUAACCAUGGUAACACGGGAGAGGUUGCCGCUAAUACUUACAGCUGCAGGUGCUACGGUCAUAACCAUCGCAAAAUGGAAAGGGCUUCGCUUUGGUAUAAAACUAAAAGUAAUAGGGUCCUAACCAUGUUACCACAGAAGGGGCUUGCAGUCAUAACCAUGGUUACGCAGAAAGGGCUGUCAAUGCUACUAACACUCGUGAUAGAUAACCAGGUUGAGGGUUGACUACACUAGCCAACGACGUCGCUCACUUAUGAAAGGUAGACUUACUUUUGCUGGACCACUGACUUGCACAAAUGCCAAAAUAGUUUGGUUGUCACGAAAGUGAUCCUUUCUAAAGGCGUCGCUAUAACGUCGCUAAACAGUUGAAUCGAGGUCGGAUAAAGGUCUCUGAACGAUUGCUGAACCAAGCUAUAUAGUAUGCUUAUGCAACACCAAAAUAUUGGUGCUGAAAUUUGGACAUUCUAUCGUCGUUUAUGUGAUUGUAUGUCUUGUUAUGACAUAUUUUUGAUUUUAUAGUAACAAGAUGUAUAUACGUUUCAUCCCAUCUACACUUGGGGUGAUUUUUUGCUUGUUUAAAUUUUUAUUAUAUGCAAUUAUUUUAGAUGCAUUUAAAAACACAUCUAGGUAUCUUUCAAAAAUGAAAUUACACUCUCAGUGAGAGAGCUAUUUUCUAUGCAAUGAUGACCUUUAUAAUCUUAUCAGGAGUGUAUCAAUUGAUACACUCCUGAUCUUAUCACAUAUACAGUUUUAUAACACAACUAUUUUGAACCGAGAUACAUAUUUUUCUACAUUGUUUUGUAUUUUGUAUCAAAAAUUAGUAACAAAUAUAUUUUGAAGCAAAAUAUAGUAGCUUUGUACUGUUAGCCCUAGUAGCUGCAUACAAGGGUUCGCAGCUGUCCAUAGGGAUUGAAACAUUCCAAUACGAUUUAAAAUCUUCAUCACAUAUUGUUAGUUCUUAGUUCUUGUUGUUAGUUGUUAGUUGUUAGUUGUUAGUUGUUAGUUGUUAGUUGUUAGUUCUUGUUGUUAGUUCAAAAUCUUUCAGAUAUUGUUAGUUCUGUUAUAUCAUAAGUCACAUAUGCUCUAACAUAAUCGCUUGAAGUAGGUCUGCUAAUGUGUAAAGGUUGCUCAUUAUAAUCAUGAUGCCUAAACUAAUAGUAAAAUUAACACAUUCCUCUUUAGUUACUAUUUUAACGAGCUAUAGUUAUUUGUCAUUAACAAAGGGUAAUCAGAUUAACAUUGUUUGAUAAAUUGUGCAAGUGUAUGUUUGCCUCAUCAUCAUGUUCAGCAUGAUAUUCCCUGUUCAAGUUGUGAUUUUAUUGUCAAUAGUGAAGUAAUAUGGCAAUGCACAUUGUGCAUUAUUGCAAAUAAAAUGUUUCAUAAAGCUAUAAAUAAA